AUGGGGAUUCGGCGUUCGAACUUUUUGAUUAACUGGGGCUUGGACACUGCCGAGCAAUCGCUGGUGGUGGCAAAAGAGAUAGCGACACCGGCCAUCAACGUUUUCAGUGGUCCAAUCACUGUGGUCGACCAUUUGCUCUGCAAAGGUAUCGACGUGGUCGAAGAAAAGGUGCCGGCGGUGCAUCUGCCCCCUCGACAAAUGUACAACAGCGCAAUGGAGUAUGCAACCAACAAAAUUAAGGCUGUUCUGAACAUAGAGUCUAUAUCAAACACCACGGCUGAAAGUGUGAGCGAUGGCCUCAGCUUUCUGGAGAGCCGCUUGGAUGAUUGGUUGCCUGAUGAUUCCGCUAAUGACGAAGGAUCUGGUGUCGCUACAGAGGGCGUAAGCAAUAAAGUGCUCAUUUUUAUGCAAAGCGAGCGGUGUAUUAGAAAACUUGUAAAGGUGCUGAUAAAUAUCGGAAAGAAUUUUGUUAUUUCUGUGAUGCAGGUGCUAAGAAACCCAGGCAAAACAUUGCACGACAUCCUCGAUCUGCUGAGAAAGAACAUCUUUCCUGCGGACAAGCGCGACGCAGACACACCGGCGAAAGCAUUUGAGAUGCUCCUGGAGGACGUAUUGGCAUUCGUCCGCCGCAAGGUGCACGAAAUCUUUGUAAAACUUAGCCCGCUCUUCCAUGCUUAUUAUGAACUGAUGAUCGCCCGCUUGAAAAUCUACAAUGCUGUACUGGAAUAUUCAAUUCUGCUCGCUGUAUACCUUGGAGAAGCUUUCCUCUGGUCGCGGUAUUCGAUAAACAACACCGUGUGGGAUAUCGAGAAUAUGCUCAGCAAGGGGAUCGUACCAUUUUUCGAAACCAUUUUGAUCCUGACGGUCAACGGCCCCAACUCUCUGAAGCAUUUGAUUGGCUUGGAUUACGAAGUGGACACCGACGGUGACGACAUGAUCACACAAAGUGUGAAACGGAUGGCGGGAGAGUUAAAAAUUCUUCUGCCAUUGAUUGCAAAGACGCUGGUUGGAGAAAGAUACAUACCGAAAUCAAUAGAAAUGCGGAAUCACCAUCAAAAUGGUAUCGAGCAAUAAAACCAUGGACAAUGGAAGCUUCGUGCCAGUUACUCUGCAUUUUGAUUUCGAGUUUUAGUGACGAUCGAAAGAAACGCCGGCGAUUAUGACCAUACCUUUGUACCCUCUCUGCUCCGUUAGUAAGCGAUACAGAUACUGCAUCACUGAUAUAUUACUAUGUGUAGAAUUACACAGGGUUUUCCAAAAUUAUGUCAUUUCGGGGAAAUGAGGGGUUCCUAAGGUCAUUUGAAGUAACUUUUUGCUUAGCGAAAAUGUAAUCCGUGGCUUCGUUUACGAGUUAUUAACGAAAAACACUGGCCAAUGAGAGGCGAGCGCGGCUCUGGCAAAUCAGCGGAAAUGGGCUCCGCCCGCUCGUUGGCUCGGCUGUCACGCGUCAGCCGCGCUCGCCUCUCAUUGGUCGGUGUGUUUCG